AUGGUGAUGGGUACAUUGUUUAAAUCGAUAACCUUUGUUAAGGCGGUUGGCUCACGGAGCCCCUUCGCAGGUAAUCCUGCCCACUUGGAGUUAUUGCCGCCGAGGGAAGGAAAGAUUACCUCGGCGGGAGAUAAGGAGGUCGACGGGGCUUCGAGAGCGAUUGUCCCCGAGUCAGGCGUCGAAUUGUGUCAAGUGAACCGGCAAAUUGAACGGCCGAACCUUCUGCGCUCUCCGCUCACUAAUCGUCACAUAAACUGCUGCCAUCCCGAACGUUUAAUUACGCGAAAUGCUUAA